AUGUUCGCGUGGCAUAUUGAGAAGAAAAAGAUUGUGAUUCUUGAGGGAGCAAGCCCGAAAACAUUGAAAGCUGUGUUGGGAAAAGAUCGAAUUGAUGUGAAUCACAAAUUGGAAAAUGGUAAAAAUAUUCGCUAUGCUUUAAGAGAGCGUAACUAUGAAUGGCUAGAACCAUAUGUGAUGUUCGAGUAUUAUGAAAAUUGA